AUGGCUGCCUCCAUGAGUACUACAAAGAUCGGUCACUCUGUGCCACCGUCACACGCCCUAUAUCCCGGGUUCCACUCUCCUGACUCAAGGUCUAAAGACCUGGAUACUUCACCACCGUUCCAGAAGAUGGGACAUCCAGCUUUUCCUUCGUACUCCGGACCUGACCCCCAUGUGUAUGGCUCUCCUCAGAUGCCUGGUAUGCCAGGCAAUCCUUGGUUUCCGACCUAUCCAUUCCAGCAGCCAGCCAUGUUUACGGCCCAGGUCCCUGACCAGAGAGUCCCACCAAUGAUGUAUAUGCCUCCAAUGAUGCCUGGGCAAAGUUUCCCUUUAGUGACACGGGACAGCUUUUUCCAUCGUAACACCAAGAAUGAACUGAGAGCAGCCAUUUUUGAGAAGGUCCUUGGUACAUUUCCCAAGUUACAGAAAAUGUUAGUCGAGAGCAGCAAACCCAACUUAUCAGCUCCAGAGAAUUUUCCAGACUGCCGAUUCGCCAACCUCCCUCGCCAGGAGACAGUGUCUCCACCUGGCAUUUUCCUGCCAAGUCUGAAUCUUGAUGAUGAGGAGGACCUUGGACAUCGAUUGAGCCCUCUCCUGUCUCGGCCUAGCACCUCACCUGCCAUGGCCAUGUCUCCCUACCUCACACAGCUCAUCGACCAGGUGAUGGAUAACACUCCUGACCUCGCUGACCUCAUCAUGGACAGCUCAUCUUCCAGCAAUGACACGCCUACAAAGUCUGAUUCCUCUACUGAUUUCUGCAGUUUUGUUCCCAUCAAACCUGAGCCCAUCACUCCACCACAGACAGAGGUAUCACCACCAGCCUUCACCAAGAUUGUCCAUAAUGAACUAACCACCACCAAGAAUGUCUGCGACAUCUGCCACAAAGUCUUCUCCUCUAAAGCCAACCUGAGAGUUCACAUGCGACGACACAGCGGGGAGAAACCAUUCAAGUGUGAGUGGUGCAGCAAGGCCUUCAACCAACGUUCCACCCUGCGAACACACAUUCGGAUUCACACAGGAGAGCGUCCAUACACCUGUAACAUGUGCAAUAAGUCUUUUGCUGAUUAUUCUACUUUCACCAAGCACCAGCGCACACACACUGGAGAAAAGCCCUACAGCUGUAAUUUGUGUGGUAAGAGUUUUGCCCAGUCUGGGAACAUGAUCAGACAUCGACAGACCCACGAUCGAUUUGGCAGUGACAGUGAAGUAUCCCCCAUGUAG